CAAUUGGCUUGGGCUAAUUCAUUGGGGAAAUUUUUUAGCCAUAUCCGCUUCCUUUUCACCGGUCCUUUUCCUCUUCCAAAAGCCGUGUGGGUGACAGGGCAAACUUAUUGUGAUUGAAAAUGACAAAUCCAAAAGGUUAUCGCCGCGGCACGCGGUACAUGUUCUCACGUAGAUUCAGAAACAAAGGUGUGACCAAGCUGUCACGUUAUAUGUCAGUUUACAAACGUGGGGACAUCGUUGACAUUAAGGGUGAUGGUGCCAUUCAAAAAGGUAUGCCACACAAGUUCUAUCACGGAAAGACUGGUCGUGUUUUCAAUGUAACCCCUCAUGCUGUUGGUGUGGUUGUCAAUAAACAGUUGGGCAACCGUAUUAUCCCCAAACAGAUCAAUGUCAGAAUUGAGCAUGUUAAGCACAGUAACUGCCGUCUUGAUUUCUUGAAACGCGUCAAGAAAAAUGAAGAGCUGAAGAAACAAGCUAAGGAGACAGGUGUUAAAGCUAACACUAAGAGAGUUCCCGCUCAGCCAAGGAAAGCCCAUUUUGUCAGCACUAAGAGAGUCAAGCCUGAAUUCUUGACACCUAUUCCUUAUGAGAUCAUUGCUUAAACUAUUAAUAAAGGAAGUCUGUUAGCCA